AUGGAAGAAAAUAUAAGUUAUAAAAAUAAUGAAUUUACAAACUUUAGUGGAGACGAUAGUGAUGUCGACCCUACCUACAAACCCAAAACAAUUAAUGAAUAUGGCAGGCUGUUGCAAAGUUAUAAUAUAAACAAUGAUUCUGAUAGUGAAGCUUCCGACGUGAAUUUGAACAACCUAUUACCAAAUACUAUAAAACCUCAGGAUGGACUAUGCAAGAUAAGUGGGAUUCUUGAAAAAGAGCAAGAUCCAGAUGUUAAUGAUCCCAUGCAUUGUGAAAAAAACAACAAAAAAAAACUUACUAGAAAGCGGCUAAGAAAUGAGGCAGAAUGGAAGAGAAAUGUAAACAAGAAACUGUGUGAGCAUGGACAAUCUUAUAAAGACGUAAAAGGUAAAAGUCGCAGAGCAAGAGAAAUUAAAAACAAAAAAAAUUGUGAAACCAGCUGCAAAUUUAAAUGUCAAACUAAAAUAAAAGAAGAUACUAGAAUUAUAUUACAUAGAAAUUUUUGGGAUUUAUCUAAUGAGGGAAAACUAAAUUUUUUUAACAAAAAUACUGCAUGUUCUUUAAAAAAACGUAGUACUGUUAAAAAUAAUGAUUCUAAAAGACAACGUGAAUUUUCUUACAAAUAUUUUUUUAAUGUUAAUUAUGAACAGAUACGAGUUUGCAAGCAAUUUUUUUUGGACACACUUGAUAUUAGUCAACGUCGUGUAUCGUAUUUUCAUGAGAAAAAAAGGCAAAUAGUGAGUGGAGUUCCUCUGCCAAGUAACCGUGGAAAACAUACAAAAAAGACUAUUUCCAGUGAGCAGCGAGAUAGUGUAAUAUCUCAAAUUAACAGUAUUGCAAGAGUCGAAUCUCACUAUUGCCGCAAAAAUUCUACAAAAGAAUACUUUGAUGUAAAUUUAAAUUUAUCGAGAUUAUAUUGUCUCUAUGUGGAAUGGUGUAAUGAAAAAAAUAUUCUUCCAGUUAAAGAAAGCUUCUACAGACAUACAUUUAAUUUUAAAUUUAAUAUAGAAUUCUUAAAACCAAAAAAAGAUAGGUGUGAUGUUUGUGAACUUUUACGGCUAAAAGAAAAAAGUAACAGCUUAUUAGAAGAAGAACGUGUUCACUUUAACAACCACUCAAUAUCAAAAGAAAUUACAAAAACAGAGCGUGAAAAGGAUCGAAAAAAUAAUGAACCUGAAACUGCAGUCGUUUGCUUCGACUUAGAAAAUGUGUUUGCUUUACCAAGUCAUUGCAACAAAAAUAAAAGAGCAUACUGUGCAGUAUGGUCGGAGGGGCUUCAUGGACGGACAGGACAGGAUCUGGCCGCAGCUUUAUGUAAAAAUUUGAAAAACAUUUUAGCUGACAUACCAAAUUUAAAAAAAAUUAUUUUGUGGUCCGAUUCGUGUGUCCCACAAAAUAAAAAUAGUAUAAUGACAAUGGCAUUAAAGAAAUUCAUGGAAGAGAAUCCUACUGUAGAGGAAAUAAUACAAAAAUAUUGUGAACCUGGCCAUAGUUCUAUACAAGAAGUAGAUAACAUACAUAGUCAAACGGAAAAAUAUCUUAAGGGGCAAGAAAUAUUUAGUCCUUUGGCUUUACUUAGAUUACUCCCACAAGUAAACAAUAGAAAUAAGUUUAAAGUUUACCACUUACAACAAACUGACUUUAAGGAAUUCAAGAUAGCUACUUUAGGCUACAAUUUUAAGAAUAUCGCUUAUGCGUCAUUAAAACAAAUUAAAUAUUUAAGAUCAGAACCUAUGAAAGUAUACUACAAGUUAAAUCACACAGACCCAGAUUUUUUGGCAGUAGAUUUAACGACUGUUACAACACGAAAAAACCUAAUAAGGCCACUUAAUGUUUCACAAAAAUUGCCAACACUAAAAGCAUGCGCUCCUCCAAAAGAAUGCUUGCUACCUUUGGCAAAAGUUAUUGAUUUAUGUAAACUUUUUAAAUUUAUGCCACCAGUUGACACAUUAUUUAUAAAGAAGCUAUUUAAACAGUACAAUGAUCCUCACAUUUUAAGACGACUAGAGAAGACACUAUUUGCCGGAGACGAAAACAUGAAAGGAAGAAAAGAUAUGAAAGAAAGUUUUUCUUGUCAAGGUUUAGUUUUUGUUCAUUGGGAUGGUAAAAUUCUUCCUGAUUACCACUGCUUAACUAAAGUAGAACGUUUACCAGUAGUAGUUUCAGCAGAUGGAAUAGAAAAGUUAUUAGGAGUACAGCAAAUGAAGUCGGAAACGUACUUCGGGAAUGGAAUCUGGUGGAUAAAUCAUCAUGUUUUGGAAAUAAUUGUUAGUAAGGUUUUCAAGUUGUGCUGCUUUCCGGAUAUUCCAAUUUUUAAUCGAUUUAAAAUAAUUUGGGUACCUAUUGAUCGUAUCUGCUUCAAGUCCUCAGACCUAGAAUCGUCGAAGAAUUUUGAAUUUUACAAAAACUCCACAAUCCCCUUGUUGCUAGCUGCAUUGAAACAAAAGUCUCAACGUUAUGACGACUACUUGGAACUGAUCGAGUUGGCUUUGGUCGUUUUGGUGAAAUCUGGAUCAAGGCACUGUGUGCCACUAAAUUUAGCUUAA